UAGUUGGAAAGUUGACCCCGUGGAUAGUACGGUGUGCUAGCGUGCGCCAGUAUAGGAGAAGGAAACCAAAGAGGAGACACGAAGGUGCGAAAGGUAGUUAGAUCCGUGAAGGAAUUGCUCACGCUCUGAAUCUCAUUCAAAAGAGAAGAUCCUCUUUCGCUAUAAUUCACUCCAAUGUUCGUGCAGUUAAAAUGGCCUUCGCAAGGUACGUGGUGUUUUUGAGCUUAGCAACGGCGGUCGUCGCGGUGAGUUUUCCGAGCCUGGGCACCAACCACGGCGACCUUUGUCAGCUACCGGAUGGAGCAGCCGCCAAGUGCACUCUAAUCACGGACUGCCCCACUGGACUGAAGGCCCUCAAGAGCCGCCAACCACUGCCCGCGAGAUGCGGUUUUAAGGGACGCGUAGAGAUAGUUUGUUGUCCUGACCUUCGAAUAACCUCAAAAAAACCUGUUAUUUCCUCCACUACCUCCGGGCAUAACACCAUCAAGCGAUCUCCAAUCAAAGUGGGCGCUAAAUCUGCGGAAGCGUGUCAGAAAUACACGAAAACCGCUUUUCCACGAAUCGCGGUCUUCAUAACUCACGGAGAAGAAGCAGGCGUCGGAGAAUUCCCGCACAUGGUCCUGCUUGGCUAUAAUUACAAAUCCAACUCGCUGAACUCCGGGCCCACCCUGACGAAGGGUCAGAACGCGAGCUGGCUGUGUUGCGGUUCUUUGAUAAGUGAGCGAUUUGUCCUGACUGCGGCGCAUUGCAUUGAAAAAGAGGUCCCGAUUGUUGUGCGCCUCGGCGACUUGGACUGGAACUCGGACGACGAUGGAGCCCGGCCAAAAGAAUUUGGGGUCUCAAAAGUUCAUCUGCACCCCAAGUUCGAUAGCUGGCCAAAAUUGAGGCAUGAUAUUGGCCUGGUGGAGCUUAAGACGGCCGUGCCCUUCAAUUGGCUAAUGCAGCCCGCCUGCCUGCCGAGCCCGGAAGAAACCCUGGAAGGGUCAAAUCAGGACUUGAUUGUAACAGGCUGGGGGGACACGGAGUUUGCAGCACUUGCGGCAACGUCCAUGCUAAUGAAGGCCAAACUUAAGCCAGUACCUUUCAGGAUAUGCAACGAAACCUUUGCAAAGAGUUUGGAGGGAGGAAUUAAAGCCGAAGGCCAAAUGUGCGCCUUCGACCCGAAAGGGUUGUCGGAUGCUUGUCGGGGAGACUCGGGAGGGCCCCUGCAGCUUAAGAUGAGGAACUCUCAGCUCUUCAAAGUGGUCGGGGUGACGAGUGGCGGGCGCGGGUGCGGAGGGCGUCCUGGACUGUAUACAAGAGUGUCCGGUUAUAUCGAGUGGAUCGAGAGCAUCGUUUGGCCAACAAAAUAAUUAACUCGUCCGAAAUAUGGGUCUAUGAACAAGUAUCAACAAUAAAUUAUUUUCUUAUACAG